UAAAACACUAAAAUCCCCAGUGAUGGACUCUUCUAUGGCAAAACAAAAGAUGGCUGUUCGGAGCAUAUCUGAGUCAGUGUAUGUAGGAAUGUGUCUUAAGAUUGGAACCCCACAACAGGUGGCCUCAAGAAGAGAUACAGGGGACAUUGCAGAGAUGUUGAAAAACAACGACGUGAUGAAAAACCCGUACACAGCGAUGAUGAGUGGGAGUGCAAGAGAAGGAUUUAGAUUGCAUGGGACAGACAGAGACACGAUGUAUUGGCAAAAUAACCACCGAGUGAUCUGGGACUUCUCUCAGGUACAGUUUUACAACGAACAAGAAAACGCUGUUAUUCUCUGUGACAGUUCUGAGAGUCCACCAGGAUUCACUUUACUAUGGUUACCAAUAGAAAGAGCGAACAGUUUCGUGAAAUCAGCUGGUGUAAGGCUGUAUGGCGGGUUUUAUAUAUCAAGUUCAAAGUACAGAGAGGUCAUGCUAUCUAUUGUCAGUCAUAAAUGUAGUUGUACAAUCCAUGGACCAUGUAGUACUGGAUUAUUUUAUGGUGUGGUAGAAUACGAUGAUGCCCAUUGCUUUGUUAGUGAUUUCUGGCCUCCUUCUGCCUCCUCGUGGAUAGGCAGGUGUCAAUUAUGGCCCCCACCUCAUGUUGUCAACGACAUCGUCAGGAAUGGAUGUCACUUUGUAGCAAUUGGACACAAGCUAGGAAAUCAUACAAACAACGAAUGGAGAGUUUCAUUUUCUCAGGCGGAAUACAAACUUGUUUGUUCGAUGAAUCACACACAAUUCUUAACGUAUGGAUUACUGAAAUUGUUCCUUAAGGAAAUAAUUAACAAAGGUUUGAGAGAAGAGGAUAAACUACUCUGCUCGUAUCAUAUGAAAACGACUGUUUUCUGGGCGAUUCAACAAAAUACACAAACUCACUGGCAUCCACAAAAUAUCCUGGGCGGUUUCUGGGUCUGCUUUAAACUUCUUCUUAAAUGGGUGUACGAGGGAGUGUGUCCGAACUUUUUUAUCCCAGAAAACAACAUGUUUCUGAGCAAUAUCUAUGGUGAAGCACAGAAGACUUUAUUCACAAGACUAUAUAGAUUGUAUAAGACAGGCAUUACAUUACUGCUACACAGUCCCUCCUUCAGUUUCUACAUCACUAAUGUUCUGUGUAAUCCUCGACUUACAAUUUGUACUGAUGAACACAAUCUGAUAUCUGAAGUUGAACUUGAUAAAGAUAUUUUCAGCGAGAUCGAUACAAAUGAUGCGAUAGGCGCAUUGGACCUACAUAAAUGUGAAUUAUAUCUACAUACGGUAGGACAGUUAAUAGGUUUACCGCUGACACAGUAUCACAUUGUCAUGUUACAAAAACUUACAACCACCAUAUUUCAGCGGUGCGCAUUUAUAUUACACAACAUGUACAGUUACACAGGUUCAAACAAACAGUUGUAUAUUGUAGACAAGCUAUCCUGUUAUAUGCUGAAAUUAACAGCUAAGUUUGGGUAUGUGUCUGACGUCUUAUAUAUUGCAAUGUAUUAUUACAAGACAUUUAGAUAUAGGGAAGCAUUAUCUGUUAUAGAUUUCACAAAAGUUAAGUUAGCACGGCCAUACCUGAUGUAUAAGAGUCAUGUAGAUAGAGAGAUGUAUACCGAGGCUGUAGGGGGACAGUCCUUGUCUACAAAGAUAAGAGAGGCUGUGGCACAUAAUAUCUCUCUUUACAAUAAAAUCUUUUAUAUCAAUGAAUUAAUGCAAGAACAACAGUCUAGUGAACAGAACAGUUGGCCGAAGUUAUGUAUCCCACCUUUGAUACUAUUGCACAUGUUAGACUUUUUGUGCUCUAGACAUGUUGACACGAUUAGAGCACAGAGAUCUUUAGAUGAUCUACAGGUCCUAGUCCAUCAUGACCAGGGACAGUUAGUACCUGAAACAUUCAGAGACAUCUCCUGGGAGAUCCUAGGGAUCUGUCAACAGAUAUCAGGGAACCUCCAGGGUGCCCUGUACUCAUACCAACAGUCACUCAGACAAUAUCCAUUCAAUAGAAUACAAACUGCUACCAUACAGAGAAUUCAGGAACUACAUUUAUGAACUUACUGACAAGCAUAUUUGAAAGUAUUGCUUGUCAUAUACACACUGACAUUGUUUAUAAUUGUGUUUGUUCUGUUUAAUUUGGUGUGUAGGGGAGGGACUGCCCUUUUGAUUUGUAUAACCAUGAAGACUUGUGUAUAUUACAAUAAAACUUAUUACUCAGUAUCCCAAUUUUUAAAUAAAAAUUCAUAAUUACAAUAUCUACAUGUCAUGAUUAUUUUCAAAUUUCAAAACAAUUGAAUGUCUCAAUUUUAAGUACAAUAAGCUGCCUACUUUAUUGCCUUAUAAGUUUACAAGUAUUGGCCAGGUGCAUCUAUCAGCCUUGAAUGUAUGACUCUUUCCAGUUUGUUCUUGAUAUUCUUUUUUUUUAUAUAUAUCUAUUUUCAAGACCUUAAGAUGAGCAUCUUUUAAGUAGUGCACUAUCAAAUGCAAUUUUAAUCAAUUCUCAACUGCAAUUUGAGGUGAAUAUAUGUCGCGAGCAAAAAAAACCGAUUAAUUAAGAACAUAAACUAAAUUCCAAUGUUUUUAUAAGUUAUUAGUUAUGAGAAAUGUAUAUUUGGCGUUCGUGAUAUUAUAUUCUGGAGCAUUGACUGCUGC